AUGUUCACAGUCAAUAAUGCAUCUGGGAAUUGUGGAUCGAAGUGGGAAGACGGAGACGCGGCAUAUCCGUACCUGUGCCACGCUUACCUGAUCCAGCCUAGUGCGGCUAUCCGCAUGGUGCACCGCAAGCGAAACUCUGCCACCUCAAAUCGAACCUCACUCGUCGCGCCGCCGUUGCGCUCGCUCCACCUUCACACAGUGCACAUGCCCCGAUCACCUCGCGAAUCUGCCAAGGCCCACACUCUCUACAACCUGGUGAGCACAUUCGCCAUGCUACCGUCCGAGACCGAUCGUGAGUCUCCGCCCCUCACGGCUGUGGGCGCUGGACGCUUCCUCGAAUCGGAGCACAUCUCCUCUUUGCCUGUGUCGACCGGCCAAGCGCGUCCACACCCUCCCAGAGCUGCAGACGCAGUCCACGCUGCACGCACGAUACUGCCACGAGACGGCCAGCCCAGCCGCCACGCACGAUUCGAUGCGGCCAUCCGCUCGGCACGGCACGCAGGAAGAGAAAUCAGGCCGAACGUGCGGCACGCCGGCCACGUUGCUGGUUCCGAACACCUGGAAAGCGCGGCGCUCCACUCGAUCUCGACGCGGGCCAUCGAAGACCCUGAACCCUGA